AUGCUAAGUCAGGGCUUGACUCGUUGUGAAGGAUUGCGGGUCCACAGCACAAGUUCAGGGCUGGCGCAGCCAAACUUGACUUUGUUCAGCCCUGGCAUUAGCUGGGCAUCGUUGAUUGGACCAGAGGGCGGGACGGCACCCCCCGUCGAGAUUUGCACAAGGGGCUUGUGGAUUUCGACGACGGCAACUUUAUGGGAUUCGGCUGCGAAUGCCAUACGUCCUUCACAGGUGAUUUACGUGGCUGGUCCACCUGCUGUCUCAAACUCAACGUCAAGAAAGAAGCCGAACCCGUGUCGAAUAUGA